AUGGUAAACAGCUAUCGAUUGGCAGUGACUCGGCGCGAGUUAAUUACCCUCACAGGCACAAACUGGCUGAAUGACAUGAUCAUCAACUUCUAUCUCCAGAUGCUCGCUCAUCGCAGUCGACUGACUGUAUCGGCGACAUCGGCGGGCGCAUUAAGAGUGGCAACAAUGAACAGCUUUUUCUAUCCCAAACUCAUCUCUGGUCCCGGAUAUGCGGGUGUGCGCCGAUGGACUCGCUCUAUCAACCUUUUCGAACAUGAUAUUAUCCUAAUCCCCAUCCAUGAUCGCACCAUUCACUGGUGUCUUGUGGCCAUUGAUUUGAGGAGACGAACGCUUUCCUAUUAUGACUCCAUGGGUGGGACUAACGAUCGCUGUUUAGAUGUGCUUUUGAAUUAUCUGAACUCUGAAAGCGAGGAUAAGCUCCAAAAGCCACUGAUGGCAAUGUCCACAUGGCAGAAGAUUAAUACAGGCGCGUCUGUACCACAGCAGCGCAAUGGUUCCGACUGCGGUGUCUUUCUUUGUACUUACGCAGAGUUUUUGUCCCGAGAUGCCGACUUCACCUUCUCGCAGGAGGAUAUGCCGGAUAUUCGAAAACGGAUGAUGUACGAGAUCCUAACAGGGCAGCUACUCACAACAGGAACAAACCUGGCGGAAAGUUAA